UAUAUGGUAAUGAGCGAAAUUGUGUUGUUGUAAAAGCAGUGUAAUACACGGCAGUCUUCGCAAACCGGUGCAAUACAUUUUCCGACAAAAUUACAACAGCAAAAGCAACAAACUAGGAAAAUACAGACCUACAUAGAGGAAAUAUUAGUGCCAACUGCAGCAGAAACAUAUACAACAACAACAACAUGGCGCGAAGUUUACGUCCCCUUAAGAUCACAAUCGUCGGCGAUGGUAUGGUGGGCAAGACUUGCCUACUCAUUACAUACACACAAAACGAAUUCCCCGAAGAAUACAUACCCACGGUGUUCGAUAAUCAUGCCUGCAACAUUACGGUCGAUGGCAAUGAAUACAAUCUGACACUCUGGGAUACAGCUGGGCAAGAGGAUUACGAGCGUCUGCGUCCGCUGAGUUAUCCGAAUACGAAUUGCUUCCUGCUUUGCUAUUCGAUAAGCAGUCGAACAUCAUUUGAGAAUAUCAAGAGCAAAUGGUGGCCCGAGAUACGGCAUUUCUCCAAUAAUGUGCCGGUUGUGCUGAUCGGCACAAAGUUGGAUUUGCGGGUACCCAAUUCGGAAAAAUUUGUGACAACCAGCGAGGGACGUCGCCUGCGUAAGGAAAUCCAUGCGCAUUCUUUGGUGGAGUGUUCGGCUAAGAAGAAGAUCGGUUUGAAUCAGGUGUUCGAGGAGGCCGUGAGGGCGGUUGAGAAGAAACCAAGUACUAAGGCGAAGCAGUGUAUUUUGCUGUAAGCGUUGGUGAGGAGUUGCAAAUGGAAACGCUAGAGUGUUGAAGCAGUAAUUGCAAUAGGAGCAAAAAAGAAAAAAGAAAACAACUAAAAAAAAAUGCGCCCACUACAAAACAUUCGAUUCACUGCUGGCAAUGCAUUUGUUUCACGUGUUGCGUUUUAUGCGCCUAAAAGUCGACUACUUUUUUCAAGCAACGACGACGCAAGUGCGUGCUGGGUGAGGAGUGUAGUAAGUUUUUGAAGUUGUUGUUGCGCUCAGACAAGUCUAGGAAGUACGUAAAUACAGCAGGGCGGGUAGAGAGAACUUUGAGUUCUUUCACAUUUUGUUUUAUUAUUGUAUUCUUUUUAAAAAAAUAUCUAAUGUAAAAUAUUUUAUUUGAAAAUAUAAAUGAAUUAUUUUUACUUUUAGUAUUUUAAGUGCAUGCAAUUGUAUACACAAACGUAUUUAUUUUUAUAAAAAAAAUAAAAUUUUAGUAUGUAUUAAACAGUACAUGUAUAUGAGGGUUCAGUCCACCAGCGUAUUAAGUUUGCUGGAAUUUGAAGAAUGAAACUUUUAUAAAUAAUACAAAUAAGAAUAAAUUUUUGCAAUAAUACUUGUGUAUGUAUGUACAUAUCGAUGGCCUCUGCCAUAACGACGCAACACAAAACUCAACAAAAGUGAAACCUUUAUAACUCUUUACCCUCUAAUGUCUUUAAUCCUCAACCAAUCCAUGUCUAAUCCUUGCCACUUAAUUUCCUAAUCGUUACUACUUAUUUUAGUAACAGUAGAUAGGGUUUAGACAAGGAUUAGAGGCUUAAGCCGUUUAACAUUUUUUUUUAGUUUUUUUUUUUAAUUUUGAGCUGUGUCGAUAUGUACAUUACGGUGGUCCAAAAAUGUCCAGCAAAAUCGGAGUUUUGAAAGUUUCCAGCUGCCAUCGCAGAUAUAUAAAAAAAAAAA